AUUAUUUUUAUCAUAACAAAAAUCACUACUAGGUUCAAGUCAUUAGAGCCAUUAUCAAGUGUGAAAUAAUGUGAGUGUAUUAUUAUCCAAUUGAAAAUGUCUUCAAUGAAUUGAAACUAGUGAUUUGUUGUAAUAAAACAAAGGUACCUAUAUAGGCCCACACUUGGUGAACCAUGAAAAAGCAAUAUUUUUGAAAUCAUGAAUCGAACGAAUUUCGUCGGUCUCCUACUAACAACUCUUUGCUCGAAUUAUCCACCUCCAAGCAGAUUAACAGUAAAGGAUAAAGACGGCAGUAACAAUUUCACAACUAGAGCUCCAGACACUGGAAACACUACUGGAUUUGAAUGCACGUUGAAAGAUGGUGAUGAAGUCAAAAAAGAUAUUCUGCGAGGAAAACAUCUAAGAAUUGCUACAUUCAAGCAAGAUUGGCCCCUUAGUUAUGUCGAAAAAGACAAGAAUGGAGUGUUAAAAGGCAGCGGAAUUGCAUUCCAAAUAAUUGAAACACUGAGAAAACAGUACGGAUUCACUUAUUCCAUUGUGCUGCCCAACAAAGAUAUACUUGGCGAUGAGAAGUCCGGAAUACUGGAGUUGCUGCAUAAUAGGAAAGUUGAGAUGGCAGCUGCGUUUCUGCCAGUUCUUCAUGGCAGAUACGACAGUCUAAGUUGGGGCACUGAGCUCAUUCAAAACCAAUACUACGUGCUUAUGAAGCGACCUAAGGAAUCUGCCACCGGAUCAGGACUAUUGGCUCCUUUUGAGGACGAAGUUUGGCAACUGAUCCUGGUUUCGUUGCUACUGGUGGGUCCCACAAUGUACGGCAUUAUUAAACUGAGAGACAAGCUCUGUGGAGGAAACCACAGUCGCUCUUUCUCACUCUCCAGCUGUGCUUGGUUCGUGUACGGUGCACUGAUGAAGCAAGGCUCCACACUCAAUCCUGCCACAGAUUCAUCCAGAGUUCUUUUUGCUACGUGGUGGAUUUUCAUAAUGAUUUUGACCGCAUUCUAUACGGCCAAUCUGACAGCGUUUCUCACGCUAUCCAAGUUCACACUUCCGAUCCAGAAUAUAGAAGACAUUGCUCGACUCUCCUAUCACUGGUUCACUAGAGACGGAGGCAUACUCGAAUUCGCUAUAAAGGUAGAAACCGAUCUGAAUGUGCUAAGAUACUCAGCAAGCCGAGGAUACGGACAUUUUGUGAAUGUCAGAAAUCAGGAUCAAGUAAAAAACCUGAUUGCAAAAGAUUGGCUGUACCUUGAAGAGAAGCGAGAACUGAUGUAUUUCAUGAUGACCGAUUAUAUAAACAAGACAAUGAAGCAGGUGUUGGAGAAAGACAGAUGUACCUAUGUGUUGACAGCCGACAGCUAUCUCACUCGCUCCACAGCGUUCGCAUAUCCCAAGCACAGCAUUCUGCCAGCGCUCUUCAACAGGGUGAUGUUAUCGUACGUGGAGUCAGGCAUAAUCAAUCACUUGGCAGCCUUCAACUCGCUGUCGGACACGCAGAUCUGCCCCCUCAAUCUGCACAACAAAGAACGCCAGUUGAGGAACACCGACCUCUUGACGACCUACUAUGCGGUCAUGUCGGGCUUCCUGACCGCCGCGGUCGUUCUAGUCUGCGAAAUCAUCUGGAGAAAACUGGCCGGCAGCCGCGGAAGUUCAGCGGGAAAGUCGUGGAAAAUCGAGGAAAUCUUUGAUCUGGGGGUGAAAAAGCGGCCCCGUUUUGCAGUAUGGCGUCGAGCGUUCGCUGGCCUGCUGAAGGAUGCCGAGAAGAGAGAGGUCAACGGAAGGGAGUAUUAUGUGGUGAAGACUAGACAAGGAGAGAAGAGGUUGAUACCGGUUAGGCCUCUGUCCUCGUUUCUCUUCCAAAAAAGAUAGAGAUAAGAAGGAGAAGGAGAAAGUGGAGAUGAAAACGAAGGAAGAAAAGGUGAAGGGGGAGGAGGAGGAGGAGAAGGAGAAGGAGGAUUAGCAGGAAGGAGGAAAAGGAGGAGAAGAACGAGGAGAAGGAAAAGGAAGAGGAGGAAGAGGAGGAUGAAGAUGAGGAUAGAGAGGUGGAAGAGAAGAAGAAGGAGGAGGAGGAGGAGGAGGAGGAGGUGGAGGAGGAGGAGGAGGAGGAGGAAGAAGAAGAAGAAGAAGAAGAAGGAGAAGAAGAAGAAGAGAAGAAGAAGAAGAAGAGAAGAAGAAGAAGAAGAAGAAGAAGAAGAAGAAGAAGAAGAAGAAGAAGAAGAAGACCUCACUAUAAUAUAGUUCUAUAUUCUGGCUUAGUUUUAUUAUCAAUCUGCCUUAGUUUUACUUAUAGCUUGCUUUUAUGGUCAGUAAUCACAAUAUUUGAAGCUAUUCAGAUUUGAUCAAUUAAUAAUAUGAACGCAUAAAUGAAGAGCAUAAAAUAAUAAUAUUGUUACUUUAGCAAUAUAUUGUGAUAAUAAUAGUUCAAUGAGAAAAUCGCUCACUGUAAAAAUAGAGCCUUUCUUUUUCUCAUUAAAACAAAUUUUUCAAAUCAA